AUGUAUAAAACUAUUUUAAAAUUCCUCGUACUGAGUGUUGCCAUACAGGCAUCGUUGGCUUUGGAAAAUGGUUUGGCUCGUACACCGCCCAUGGGUUGGAUGCAUUGGGAACGUUAUCGCUGUAUUACCGAUUGUAAUAAAUAUCCUGACGAGUGUAUAAGUGAAAACUUAUUUAAACGCACCACUGACUUGCUGGUCGAUGAAGGAUAUUUGGCUGCCGGCUAUGAAUAUGUUAUCAUUGAUGAUUGUUGGUUGGAAAAGGAACGUGAUAAUGUCACCAAUCGAUUAGUUGAAGAUCGUAAACGGUUUCCAAGUGGUCUCAAUGCAUUGGCGGAUUAUAUCCAUCAAAGAGGUGUAAAGUUCGGUUUAUAUCAAGAUUAUGGUACAAAUACCUGUGCCGGCUAUCCUGGUGUUAUCAACAACAUGGCCUUGGAUGCUCAAACAUUUGCCGAAUGGGAUGUUGAUUAUGUUAAAUUAGAUGGCUGCUAUGCGGAUAUUAAUCAAAUGGAUGAAGGUUAUCCGGAAUUUGGUCGUUUGUUAAAUCGCACAGGACGUCCAAUGGUGUAUUCAUGCAGUUGGCCAGUAUAUCAGGAAUAUGAGGGAAAAUUGCCCAACUAUGAAGCUUUGAAGCAACAUUGUAAUUUAUGGCGUAAUUGGAAUGAUAUUGAUGACUCAUUUGAAUCGGUUGCACAAAUUAUGGAUUAUUUCUCCAAGAAUCAAGAUAGAAUUCAACCACAUGCUGGACCAGGACAUUGGAAUGAUCCUGAUAUGCUUAUCCUUGGCAAUUAUGGUCUAUCGUACGAUCAAAGUAAAUUACAAAUGGCGGUGUGGUCUAUUUUGGCGGCUCCUUUAAUUAUGUCAAAUGAUUUGUCAGCUGUUCGUCCAGAAAUUAAGGAAAUUUUACAAAACAAGCACGUCAUUGCUGUCGAUCAAGAUCCUUUGGGUAUUCAAGGUAGACGAAUUUCAAUCAAAAACAAAAUUGAGGUAUGGUCAAGACCGAUUACACCCGUAAUUUUGAAUGGUGAAUAUUCAUAUGCUGUGGCAUUUGUUAGUCGUCGUGCCGAUGGUGCUCCCUAUACAAUUAAAUUUAAACUUUCCGAAUUGAAUUUGACAAAUCCUCGUGGUUAUUCAGUUACAGAUCUUUACGACAAUAACAGAUAUUUAGGAUUCGUGAAACCAUCGACCGUUUUUGAAACACGUAUUAAUCCCAAUGGUGUUAUGUUCUAUAAGUUUACGGCUUUGCAAAGUGGUAGAAAAUAA